AUGAAAGUAGUUGGUCCAAUAUUAACUGAUGAAUUAAAAGAAGCUGAAAUAAUUAUAAUUAAAAUAACUCAAGCGUCCUAUUCGUCCAGUGAAAUAAACGAUUUAAAUAAGAAUGGUACUUUAACGGUAAAAAGUAAAUUACAUAAUUUACAACCCUUCUUGGAAAGCGGAAUUAUACGAGUAGGUGGUCGCAUAAAAAAUGCCAGGCAUGUAGAAAUAACACAACGACAUCCUAUUUUAAUACCGAAAAAUAGUACAAUUGCUAGAUUAAUAUUGCUUAACGAACACGAUCGACUUUUACACGCGGGUCCACAAGCGAUGUUAGCAAAUAGCAGAUUAAAGUAUUGGAUAAUUGGAGGCAGAAAUAUUGCAAGGCAUGUAUUUCACCAGUGUGUGAAGUGCUUUCGACUUCGACCAACAAUAUUAGAACCUAUAAUGGCAGAUUUGCCAACCGAACGACUAGAGCCAAAUCGACCGUUUAAAAAGUGUGGUGUUGAUUAUGCCGGACCUAUUGCUAUAAAAACAAGCUUACGAAGAAAUGCUGCUGUACUAAAGGGAUAUAUAUUAUGUGUAUUUAUAUGCUUUAGUACCCGGGCGGUUCAUAUUGAGUUAGUUGCUGAUUUGACUACUGAAGCUUUUUUAAAUGUUUUAAAACGUUUUAUCGGACGCCGCGGUGUAUGUUCCGAUAUAUUUAGCGAUAAUGCUACAAAUUUUGUAGGGGCUAACAAUAGAUUACAGGAUCUAAAAAAAAUAUUUCAUUCUGAGGAAUAUUUAACCAAAAUAUACGAUGCGCUAUCAACUGAGGGUACGGCUAAUCUAACUUAUGACGAAUUGAACACUAUCUUAAUUAGAAUAGAGGCCGUCCUUAAUUCUAGACCCUUAACUCCCUGUUCCUCUGAUCCUACUGAUACGACACCAUUAACGCCUGCUCACUUUUUAAUUGGUGAGCCCACAUUUUCUUUACCCGAACCUGAUUUAACCGGUAUACCGGACAAUCGCUUAAAACGUUGGCAGCGGGUAACACAGUUAACCCAAAUAUUAUGGCAGCGCUGGAAUAAGGAGUACCUGUCACAACUUCAAACCAGGCGAAAAUGGUUAACCAAUAAGGGCCCUAAGAUAAAGGUUGGUACCAUAGUGUUGGUGAAAGAGGACGACGCCCACCCGAUGUCGUGGUCUAUGGGUCGAAUUGUCCACGUCCAGGCUGGUGACGAUGGUGUCAUUCGAGGAAGCUACCAUAUUAGUAAAAGGGAAAGAAGUAACUACAGCGGUCCGUAA